AUGGUUCCUGUAGGAUCUGUAGAGCUAUGGCACCUAGACCUCCUCCACCUCCUGUUCCAAACCCAGUUGGUGGGAGUAAUUGAGGCGAUGAUAGCAGCCAUGCAGCAGCAGAACGCUAACAUGGUGAAUCAGCAGAACCUAGCCUUGCAACAGAUGGAGUCUACAAGACUAGCAAUAGAAGCGACUCAGCAGAGGCACUUGGAAGCCCUGCAUCAGAUAGGAGAAAAUCGUUCAGCCGCUGGUUCCUCCCAAGCUCCACUGCCACGAGUGCAAGAGUGGAGUUUGGAGGAUUUUCUAGAACACCAUACAUCCCGCUUUGAUGGCAAAGUUAGCCCGGAUGGAGCUGAUCAGUGGAUGCGAGACAUGGAACGAAUCUACGAUGCUAAGAGAUGUCCUGCAGAGAACAAACUGGCAUACACUGAGUACCUUCGUGCUGGAGAGGUCGUGCAUUGGUGGUCCAGCAUGAAGAUGAUGUUGGAAGACAGUCAAGAGACCAUCACCUGGGAACUAUUUAAGAAGAAGUUCUAUGCAGAGUACUUCCCAGAUAGUGUGAGGUAUGCGAAGGAGGUUGAGUUCUUGCAGCUGAUGCAAGGAGACAUGUCAGUGUCGGAGUACGCUGAAAAGUUUAAACACUUGGGCAGAUUUCACACCCUGAAGAUGGCAGAUGACUGGCAGUGUAGAAAGUUUGAGAAUGGGUUGAGGGGUGACCUCAAACUAAUGGUGGCUCCACUCUCUAUCAAGGAAUUUCCUGCCUUGGUGGAGAAGGCAAGAGUAAUGGAGAAGCUUAAGACUGAAGUUGAAGCCCAACAUGACGACAGGAGAAAGCCGUAUUCUAGGCCUCAGUCUCAGGGGCCCAGGAGAUUCUCACAUCAACCUCAGCAGUCACAGCCUUCUAGGCCUCAGUGCUUUCACUGUAGGGGGCCUCAUCUGAGGAGCGCCUGCCCCCAGCAUUCUGACAGGAGGACAUGCCAUAGAUGCGGCCAGACGGGUCACUUCAUCAAGGAUUGCCCAGUUGACAGGAGCACAGUACCAAGGCCUUCAUCACAGCCUCAGUCACAGCCGUCGAGGGGAGGUGCGAGACCACAGGCGGCGGGUCGAGUGUAUGCUGUGACGGGUGCAGAGGCAGCUGGAUCAGGUAACCUCAUCAUCGGGUCUUGUGUGAUAGCUGGUAAGAGAUUACAUGUUCUGUUUGAUUCGGGGGCGAUACAUUCUUUUAUGUCGGAAUCUAGAGUGGUGGAGUUGGGUCUUCCGGUGAAGGAGCUCUACUUGGAAGAUGAAGACCUGUUGAUGUCCUCACAGCAGGUGGACAAGGCAGUGAAGGAAGGGUCUCAGUGCUUCUUAAUUCUGACUCAAUUGUCCGUUGAGACUGAAAUUGGACCCUUGGAGGCGCCUGUAGUAGGGGAUUUCUCAUAUGUGUUUCAUGAGGAUGUGCCUGGCCUACCCCCUACUAGGGAGAUAGAGUUCUCCAUUAACCUGGUGUCGGAAGCAGGGCCAAUGUCUAUAGCACCCUACAGAAUAGCUCCUGCUGAGCUAGUGGAGUUGAAGAAACAUAUUGAAGAGCUGCUAGAAAAACAGUUUAUCAGACCGAGUGUAUCGCCGUCGGGAGCGCUAGUGUUGCUGGUUAAAAAGAAAGAUGGCAGUUCUAGACUUUGUGUGGACUACAGACAACUGAAUAAGCUAACCAUCAAGAACAAGUACCCUCUGCCAAGAAUUAACGACUUGAUGGAUCAUUUGCACGGUGCUGCAGUGUUCUCCAAGAUUGAUCUGAGAUCAGGAUACCAUCAGAUUCGAGUCAAGUCUGAUGAUGUGCAGAAGACCGCUUUCAGGUCCAGGUACGGGCACUACGAGUAUGUAGUGAUGUCGUUUGGUGUUACUAACGCCCCCGCUUUGUUCAUGGACUACAUGAACCGAAUCUUCAGGCCAUUCCUGGAUAAGUUCGUGGUGAUUUUCAUAGAUGGCAUCUUGAUUUACUCACGGACUCCUAAAGACCAUGCAGAGCAUCUGAAGAUAAUUCUGAGCAUACUGAGAGAGAAGCAGUUGUAUGCAAAGCAGUCAAAAUGUGAGUUUUGGAUGACUUCGGUUCAGUUCUUGGGGCACAUGAUCUCGACUGAGGGCAUAUCAGUGGAUCCGUCUAAAGUAGAAGUUGUGCUAAAUUGGGAACGCCCUAAGAGAUUCAUUGAGGGAUUCUCCAAGAUAGCAGCUCCCUUGAUCCAGUUAACCCGUAAAGAUCAACCUUUUGCUUGGACCGACCGGUGUGAAGAGAGCUGCCUAGAGCUAAAGCAAAAGUUGACUAGCACCCUAGUGUUGGUGAUUCCUAAUACCGGUAAACCCUUUGAGGUUUAUUGUGAUGCUUCCCAUCAGGGGUUGGGAUGUGUUUUGAUGCACGAACGGAGAGUGGUGGCAUACGCCUCACGGCAGUUGAAGAAUCAUGAGAAGAACUACCCCACACAUGACUUGGAGUUAGCAGCAGUGGUGUUUGCACUGAAGAUCUGGAGACACUAUCUUUAUGGUGCACAAUUCUAG